GCGAUGUGACGUCAUACGGUUGCGCCGCUCUCCUGCGUCUGCGAUUCGACUAAAGAAAGGACAAAGUGUCCAAACACACAGAAAAACUCCUGCUGAAGCGACAGAGAUCCACGUGACACUCUGUUAUAAAGAUGGCAUUUAUUAAAGAGGAGAGUGAAGACAUUAAGAUUGAGGAAACAUUCAGAGUCAAACAUGAAGAUACUGAGGAACAAACAGACAUCAUGCUCCUGAAAGAGGAAAGUGAAGAACUAAAUGAAGUGGAAGACAAAGAUCAGUAUGAGAAAUAUGAUUUUAUUGGAGAAAGUUUGUAUAGUUGCUCACAAACUAAACAGAUUGUACAAAACAAAGCUCAAAAGACAGGAGAUUUAACCUGCCAACAGUGUGGAAAGAGUUUCACUAAAAAAGGAAGCCUUAAAGACCACAUGAGAAUUCACACCGGAGAGAAGCCUUACUCCUGCCAGCAGUGUGGAAAAAGUUUCACUAGAAGUGGAACCCUUCAAAGGCACAAUAGAGUUCACACUGGAGAGAAACCUUACAUCUGUCAAUUAUGUGGAAUGGGUUUUACUGAAAGAACAAACCAUAAUGUUCACAUGAGAAUUCACACCGGAGAGAGGCCUUAUACCUGCAAACUGUGUGGAAAUAAAUUCAAUCGAAAAGGAUACCUUUAUAGCCACAUGAAAAUUCAUACUGGAGAGAAACCUUACACCUGCCAGCAGUGUGGAAGGAGUUUCACUAGAAGUGGAACCCUUAAAAGGCACAAUAGAGUUCACACUGGAGAGAAACCUUACACCUGCCAACAGUGUGGAAAGUGUUUCCGUCAAAAAGGAAACCUCAAAGGCCACAUGAGUGUUCACACUGGUGAAAAAUGUGAAGAACUAAAUGAAAUGAAAGACAAAGAUCAGUCUGAAAAACAUUUUACUGGAGAAAGUUUUAGUUGCUCACAAACUAAACUGACAACACAAAAGAAAGGAGAUAGAAAUCAUUUCACCUGCCAACAGUGUGGAAAAAGUUUCUUUGAGAAAGGAACCCUUAACAGGCACAUUAGAAUUCACACUGGAGAGAAGCCUUACUCCUGCAAACUGUGUGGAAAGAGUUUUACUGAUAAUGGAAACUUUAAUUGUCACAUGAGAAUUCACACCGGAGAGAAGCCUUACUCCUGCAAACUGUGUGGAAAGAGUUUCAUUCAAAAAAGAAGCCUAAAGAGACACAUGAGAACUCACACUGGAGAGAAACCGUACACCUGCCAACAGUGUGGAAAGAGUUUUAGUCAACAAAGAGACUGUAAUUAUCACAUGAAAAUUCACACCGGAGAGAAGCCUCACUCCUGCAAACUGUGUGGAAAGAGUUUCAUUCAAAAAGGAAGCCUUAAGAGACACAUGACAAUUCACAAUGCUGGGAAACCGUACACCUGCCAACAGCAUGGGAUGAGUUUUAGUCAAAAAAGAAACCUCAAAGGCCACAUAAGUGUUCACACUGGAGAGACAUGUAAAGAAGUAACUGAAAUGGAAGACAAAGAUCAGUCUGAGAAACAUGAUUUUACAAGAGAAAUUUCUUUUGAGCUCUUUUGAAAAGAAGCCGUUGAGUUUACUAACUGGAAUUUACAAAAGAGAGCUCAAAAGAUGGUAGCUACAAGUCAUUUCACCUGCCAACAGUGUGGAAAGAGUUUCACUAAAAAAGAAACCCUUAAAGUCCACAUGAAUGUUCACACUGGACAAAGCCUUUUCAACUGCUAACAAUGUGGAAAGAGUUUCAGAUGCAAAAUAUCCCUUAAUAACCACACAAAAAUUCACUUGAGAACAGUUUAAAAUGUUCUCAGUGUGAAAGGUGUUUCACAGCCAGGAAACUCUGCAACAGUCAUGUAAUAAGAAAGAAUCUGUGAAAAAUCUGGCUCAGGCAAAGCAAAAACCUUAGGAUUCACAUGAGAAGUCAAAGUGAAUAAAACUGUUUCACGUGUCAACACCGAGAAAAAAUUUGGGCCUGAAGAAAACUUAACAGAUUUGGUGUAAACAGAAAAUAAUAACAAAACACAGAAAUGGUGAAAGCAGGCCCAGUACGCCUGAUACCUCCUUGACCCUAGUUGGGGUCAUAACAAAUAACUUUAUUCAUUUAGCAAAAAAAAAAAAAAAAUUCUAACAUACCUUACUUAUAUAAUUUCUCACCUAUUUUAUAUAUAAUUUUUUGUUUAAACUCUUCAGUGCACACUAGGUAAAGACCAUGUUAUUAUACUUAUAAAGUUAUUUGGAAGGAAAAGAGAUAAUCCUCCUAUUGUUCAACCUCUGUUUACCUUGUCUAAUUGGUCAGUGCUACAGGAACCGGAAACUUUUUCCAUCUAUUUUCCUGAAGCUGUUUGUGACCAUCAGGGGUGCUUCAUUUGCCCCUACGUGGGCUGGCCUGGGUCAAUGCAUGAUGCACAAGUGCUCCUCCAUAGCCCUCUGUACAGGAGGUCAGUGUACCCUCCUCCAGGGCACUUUAUCCUGGAAGACAGAGGAUACUCAUGCCUCUGACAGCCACUCCCCCUUAUCACUCCCCAUAAGAGUCCAGUAUUCACCUUAUUUUCCAUGGCAACAACGGUGCCGCCAUUGCGCUCUUUUUGUCAUCUUACUUCCGGCUGAGGGACCGGAUGUAACGUAACUAAGCUUGUGGCUGGCUAGAGAUAACAGAAUGCAGAACGAACAGAAGUAUGAUAUAUGGUCAGUUAGGGGCUGCAUAACAAUUGUAUUAAAAAAACAAUUGCACCAACGAUGUGUAAACGCAUUGUGACGCGGUCGGAGUGUUGUGGUGCACUUUACAAUUUACACCCACCACCUAAAGAAGAGAAGCACCUGAGGAAAUGGAUGAAGGCGCUAAAUUUGAAGCGCCCACCCAAGCGCUCUUAUGUGUGUUCGUACCAUUUCAUGGACGGGAAGGCGACUGACGAACACCCUUACCCCGAGAAAUGGCUCGACUAUGAUGUCUCGUUAAAGAGGUCACGCUGGGGAUGAAAAGUUUGUCAGAUUCGGGUAAGCUAACCUUAACUAGCUAUGUGUUUGCCCGCCUAACGUUAGAUUUAUGAAGUCCGUUCUAUGAAUACAUUUAUGAUCAGUAACAGGCAGUUAACAAAGUACAACGAAUUUUCCAUGAUUACCAUUGUCCACCUAUUUAAUAUAUACGGUAGUACAAGAUAUUAUAGUACAUUACAAUAGCUCACAUUAUUCCUGUUACAGAGAUUGCAGGUGAUAGCAGGCCAGCUAGCUACAUUUCUCAUUCAGAUACUGACCUACGUUUGAACACUACAGUUAAGAGUGUGUAUACUGUUUUGUCUCUAAUGCAUCUCUCUCUCUCACACACACACACAGUUCUAAGUUCAGGUCACUUAAUAUAUUAAUUCUCAUGAUAUAUUGUAAGUACUAAUGUAAAAAUGUUUAA